UCGGGAAGUCAACAGGAGGGUACGGAUAGUAACAAGUAUAAACUACGAGGAACUGAUUCCUUUAGCCGUGGUCUGCACCAGCCAGAUCUUAAUCAAUCUAAUGAGAUCGUGACUUUAUAGGUAGCCCAUGACACGGAAAUUGCACCAGGGGGGGGGAUUUUGUUUUACCUGGCCAGCCUCAGACGCAGAGCUGAUGGAGAGAGGCAGGGCUGAGUGCGAUGCCAGUCCGGAGCGCUGUUGAGCAGAGAGCCUCAUUCUGCGCAGAGCAGACUCUGCUGACAGGGAGCGGUCUGCUUUCUCGCACGACCUGUGUGAAUUCUCAGUUGUUUUUUUUAAAGAAGUGAUUCGAGGGGCUUUAUCCAAAAGGAAAAUCAAAAACAAAACCAUCCAUGAUUUUUUUUUUGUUUCUUGGUGACGGAAUGGGGAUAUAACCGGUUUCCACAUGAAUUUGAAAGUGGCGUGAGGUUGCCUCCAGAUUGAGAAGAGCAAACUGCAGGGACGUGUGGUUAAUUGAAAUCGAUCCGGUGGUCUCUUUUUGAAUGUGAAGCAGCAGCAGAGGUUCUUUCUCCUCUCCUCUCCUCCCCCUCGUCUCACCUCCAACAUGACUUCACUGUCGGGGACCAAGGAGAGGUCUGUGAGCAGCCGGAGCAGAAAAUAUGGGAUGCCCGACACUUCCCCGACUAAAUCUGCCACCUUUUUCCCGGACACAUGGUACCGAAAGACCUACGAGGAAAACUCCCGCUCCGGCACACGCCCCGCCCCAGAGGGUGCCGGCUCCAUGCCAAGCUCCACAGGCACCCCAUCCCCAGGAUCAGGAAUCUCCUCACCAGGGUCCUUCUCUGGAUCCCCGGGAACCAUCUCUCCGGGUAUUGGGACAGAAUCGCCCGGUUCUCUUGGUGGCUCCCCGGGUUUUGGGACAGGAUCCCCGGCUUCAGGCAGUGGAAGUUCCCCUGGUAGUGAAAGAGGGAUAUGGUGUGAGAACUGCAACGCCAGGCUGGCAGAGCUGAAAAGACAAGCACUGAAACUGCUCAUUCCUGGACCUUACUCCAGCAAGGAUCCCUCAUUCUCUCUCCUCCUUCAUGAUAAGCUUCAGGUGCCCAACAGUUCUCGGCGAGCAUGGAACGAACGUGACAGUCGCUGUGAUGUCUGUGCCACUCACCUCACUCAGCUCAAACAGGAAGCUGUGCGCAUGGUCCUCACUCUCGACCAGUGGGAUUUGUCUCCCCCCUCUUCCCCUUCCGCCCUCAUCGGACGAUAUGGACCUCCGGGUCCAAUGGGAGUAUCGGGAGCACCAGGAGGAUGGAUUCCUCCUUUUCUACCUUCCUCCUCCUCCUCCUCAGCUGCUGCUGCCAUUUCACACCCGUCCUCCCAGUCGCCUUCCCCAAGCCCCAGUCAGACCCCAACGCCCAGCCCGAGCCACGCACCAUCCAACCCCAGCCAUGGGAGUCCCUCGGGGGGGCAAACAUCCAGCUGUCCUCCCACAAACCCACAACCUCAAGGCUCAGGGCACAGACUGGGGUCCAAGCCCAGCUCCCUGGGGCUUGGAGGUGGGGUGGACAGAAGGAUUGGAUCCCCCAGUUCGGGAAAAUCUGGGGCCCAACAGCAACCAGUGACUGGAGUAAACAGUGGGAGUGGGAGUGGAGCAGUACUGAGUACAGCAGCUCUGCAGGCCCAUCAGCACCUGAACCGAACUAAUGGAGGAGUUACACUCUAUCCGUACCAGAUCUCCCAGAUGAUCUCUGAGGACUCCAGAGAAGGUUUGACUGAGGCUGCCCUGAACCGCUACAACACACACUCUCCUUCACACACAAGUUCACCAUCACACACAAACUCUCCCUCUCACACGGCAACUGUAACCACGACGGCGCCAACCACCUCUGCUGCCGCCUCCUUCUUUGCCAGAGCUGCACAAAAGUUGAACUUAGCGUCCAAGAAGAAGAAGCAGAAGACCGUCGCAGUCACGGCCCCAGUGACGACAUCAUCACCGUCAUGUGACCCUCCGCUGUUCCCCACCAAUUUUAGCUCCGCCCUUUUGAUGGCUCCUCCACCGGCUCCGCCCUGCCUUCUCCGUGCAGCCAACAAAAUCAAAGAUACCCCUGGGCUUGGAAAGGUGAAAGUGAUGGUGCGUGUGUGUCCAGUGUCUCAAUCGGACGCAGCUGAGUCUAGUUCCUUCCUUAAGGUGGAUCCCAGGAAGAAACAAAUCACCAUCAUGGACCCCUCAGCCAAUCAGACACAAAGCGCUGCCACACAGAAAAAGGCGGGAGCCAAUCAGGUCCCUCCAAAGAUGUUCACCUUUGAUGCAGCGUUCCCUCCUGAUGCUUCACAGGCGGAGGUGUGCGCAGGAACAGUUGCCGAGGUGAUUCAGUCGGUGGUGAAUGGAGCAGAUGGCUGCGUCUUCUGCUUUGGACACUCCAAGCUGGUUUUUACAGCGAUAAAGUUGAUAGUUUUAACAUAUUUGAUUGAUGGACUUGCUUUUCUCCUCUCCUCUUUCUCUCUCAGAGCUGCACAAAAGUUGAACUUAGCGUCCAAGAAGAAGAAGCAGAAGACCGUCGCAGUCACGGCCCCAGUGACGACAUCAUCACCGUCAUGUGACCCUCCUCUGUUCCCCACCAAUUUUAGCUCCGCCCUUUUGAUGGCUCCUCCACCGGCUCCGCCCUGCCUUCUCCGUGCAGCCAACAAAAUCAAAGAUACCCCUGGGCUUGGAAAGGUGAAAGUGAUGGUGCGUGUGUGUCCAGUGUCUCAAUCGGACGCAGCUGAGUCUAGUUCCUUCCUUAAGGUGGAUCCCAGGAAGAAACAAAUCACCAUCAUGGACCCCUCAGCCAAUCAGACACAAAGCGCUGCCACACAGAAAAAGGCGGGAGCCAAUCAGGUCCCUCCAAAGAUGUUCACCUUUGAUGCAGCGUUCCCUCCUGAUGCUUCACAGGCGGAGGUGUGCGCAGGAACAGUUGCCGAGGUGAUUCAGUCGGUGGUGAAUGGAGCAGAUGGCUGCGUCUUCUGCUUUGGACACUCCAAGCUGGGUAAAUCCUACACCAUGAUUGGCCGUGAUGACGCUCUUCAGACUCUGGGUAUAAUCCCCUGUGCCAUCUCCUGGUUGUUUAAGCUGAUCAAUGAGAGGAAGGAGAAAACAGGAGCACGCUUCUCUGUCCGCGUCUCUGCAGUCGAGGUUUGGGGAAAAGAGGAGAACCUUAAGGAUUUGCUGUCCGAAGUCGCUACAGGAAGCUUACAGGAUGGACAGUCACCUGGAGUCUAUCUGUUUGAGGACCCCAUCUGUGGCAUGCAGCUCCAGAACCAGUCUGAACUGCGUGCUCCGACCCCAGAGAAGGCAGCCUGGUUUCUAGAUGCAGCCAUAGCAGCUCGCCACAGUAGCCAACGGCCCAAUACCACCGAAGAAGAACACAGGAACUCACACAUGCUGUUUACAUUACACAUAUACCAGUAUCGCAUGGAAAAGACAGGCAAAGGAGGGAUGUCAGGGGGUCGCAGUCGCCUCCACCUGCUAGACCUGGGCAGCUGUGAUGUCAAAGUACUUGGAGGAGUAGGAGGAGAAGGUGGAGGAGGCCCGCUGUGCCUUUCUCUAUCUGCCCUCGGCAACGUGAUCCUGGCCCUGGUCAACGGGAGCAAGCACAUCCCAUACAAGGACAGCAAGCUGACCAUGUUGCUAAGGGAGUCGCUAGGCAACAUGAACUGCCGGACCACCAUGAUUGCUCACAUCUCUGCCUCACCCAGAGAUUUCUCAGAAACCCUUUCCACCAUCCAGAUUGCUUCCCGAGUCCUCCGCAUGAAAAAGAAGAAAACUAAAGUCACGGUGCAAUACACGUCCAGCUCCUCUGGAGGCGAGAGCUCCUGCGAGGAGGGUCGCAUGCGUCGUCCGACCCACUUGCGACCUUUCCAUCACCGCGGUGACACCGACUCUGACCUCCCGUUGCUGCGACUGUCCAGUGACCCUGAUGAAUAUUCGAGCAGCGAGCAGUCAUGUGACACGGUGAUCUAUGUGGGUCCGAAUGGAGCUGCGGUGUCAGAUAGAGAGCUGACGGACAAUGAGGGGCCGCCAGAAUUUGUACCAAUUAUUCCCGCUUUGCUUCGAGGCAAAACAACAGAGCAGCAUCAAACACAAAGUCAAAGUCAGGCAGCUGCAGUCCAAAACAAGGUGCAGCCUCAGCCAGAGGAUCAACCCGGUGGCCUCGCUCAGCCUCUGCCUCAGUCCUGUCAGUCCCUGCUUGGGCAGCCAUUGGCCCCUGUCCCAGAGGAAGGAGCCGAGUGCCUGAAGUGCAACACAUUUGCUGAGCUGCAAGAGAGGCUGGACUGCAUUGAUGGCAGCGAGGAGGUGGCAAAGUUUCCCUUCGAAGAGGUUUCAGCGAGCAAACCAGGUGCCAAACAAGAGCCAUGUCCAUCUUCAGCUGUCCCAACAUCAGCUCCCUCUGCUCCUGGCUCUGCUGCUGUGUUGGAUACAGAAAACAAAACAGGCUCUGCAUGCGCUGCAGGAGGUGCAGUGCAGCUCUCCUCCUCGACAGUAGCAGCUUCCAGGAGGAGGACCAAUGACCAGCAGCUGCAGGAUAUCAAGGAGGUGGUGGAGGAGGCAGAGCUGGCCCACACCAUGAUCCACAGCCUGGCUCAGAGUUCUGGUUCCCCUAUAGCUACUAGUGCCAGGAGCGUUACAGGAAGCAGCUGCAUCACCUCUAACCCCCUGCAGAGGACCAAGAGCUGCCUGCAUGACAGCCAUGAGAGUCUGAAUAUGGGCAGUAACGCUGAUGGGAAGGCACGGCCAUUAGGAUCACCACGCCUUGGCAUCGCCAGCCUGACCAAAACCUCAGACUACAGGCCUCCGUCCUCCCCGUCCCAGCGAUGUAAAGUGUACACCCAGAAAGGCGUGAUACCAGCAACGCCCCCUCUGUCCUCGUAUACUCUGGCUCAAGACGGCCAGGGCCCAGAAGCUUUGACCUCAGACAACAGUUUGGCUGCAGACAGCGGCCGAUCUUCCACAGAGUCCCUGCUGUCCAGGACUUCUCCGGUGGGCAUGAGCCCACAAGUCCGAGAGCCAGCUCAGUCUCUGUCUGCCAGCCUGGGAUCAGCUGAGACGCUCUGUGACGAUGACGUCCCACCGAUACCCCUGGACACACACAGAGAUGCUGCAGGGCCGGCAGUAUCUGUAGGAUCAGUUGGAUCUCUCUUGCUUGGGGAGGAUGAACUGGUGUACGCUGUGGUUUCUGGAGGUGACGAGGACCUUGAUGUCACAGCUCUCAUGGAGACUCAGGGCCUGACCUGUCGUCCAACGAGCAUCAUCAGCUUCAGAAGCGACUGUGGCUCCGACACUGCCCUCGCCUCGGCCUCUCAAUAUGUCUGCGCCCCCAGCGGUGCUGCUGAGGCUGGAGCUGUGGAGGAUUAUCACAUGGCUGCAGGUCCUGCAACAACCUCGGGGGUUCCAGACGUUGUUGCGAUGGCAGAGGUGGCCAUGGCCAAGCUGCGGAUAGAUGGUGAAGCCUGUGGUUCACCCGUCUCCUCCUGGAUGAGUGAUCUGAGCGUGGGCAGUGAAGCUGACCAGUCUCUCCACAGCUUCAGUCAGUCCCAGAGCCAGCAAGGGGAGGCCCUGGCUGAACCUGAACCCAACCAGAGCCUGUCGUUCGGAGUGGAGGGGCUGGGUGGUUAUGAAAGCUGUGGCAGCCCGAGAAGAGGGAGUCUGGAAGGAGAGGUGGUGCUGUCAGAAAACGGGAGUGAUAAGGCAACUCCAACCAAAGACAGGCUGAGGAAACUGCCUCCGUCAAUGGCUAAAACUAACAUCCAAAUUCUGGCAGGACCUGGUUACUUCUCUCCCUUCAAGACCACCAUCAGUGUGCACCCAUGUGUGGCUGUCAAACCCAUGGCUAUACAGGAACCAACCAUCCUCUCUUCACCUACCAAGACCAGCUCAAUGAAAGACUCAGGCAAAUAUAAUGCACAUCUUUUAGCUUCUAUUUCCAGUGAGAUGAGCUUUGAAGACCCCUGGUUGAAGCGUGGCAUGGAGGAGAGGAAGUCCAGGGAGCUUGUGUGUGAAGUGAAGCCAGAGAAGAGUCACCUCGAGCUUUCAAAGAGCCAGGCUGGAGCUGCGACCGGAGACCUCAGGAGCUUCUGCAGAGAAGGUGGGGAUCACGGCAGCUCUAGUUCAGGUGGGGAGAUUGUGUCGUCUCCAGAUUCCUUUAAGCGAGUGGUGGAUGGCUGUGAGAUGGUCGCUGUUGUUACCCAGGGAGAAUGCCUGACUAGCAUCUACAGCACAGAUAUUCACCGCACUGCCAGUCUUCCUCGCGGCUGGCACCGUCUCAACCGCCACGACGGCUUGGACAUUGGAAUUGAGUACCGCAAUCUUGGCGUCACCACUUCAACUCCAUGCAGUCCCCGCGCCACACUUGACCGCCGAGGAUCAACUGGGAAACAGGGCUUUUUCUCCCACAGGAAGGGGGGAAUCCCACCUCUGCCACCGAUAAGGAAGUCCAGCCUCGACCAGAGGAACAGGGCAGUCAGCCCUCUCCACCAACCCAGCCAUGGAGUCUCAUUACUGGGCAGCUCAGCAGAUGAUGCAGGUAUCACUAGAGAACGAGGCUCCAGCAUAGACAGCAGCAGACUCUUCAGCGCCAAGUUGGAACAGCUUGCAAACAGAACCAACUCUCUGGGUCGGGUCCACAGCUCCCACAGUGGUUCCCACCACUAUGACUGCUUCUCUCUGGAGAGAGGGGGGAGCCUGAAAGGGGGAGGAGGAGGAGUGAGGGGGGACAGCACAAUGCCUCGUACUGGGCGAAGCCUCACCCGUGCUGGAUCAGUAUCUUCUCCCACUGGAAACACCGGCAGCCCCGGUUUCACAGUUCCAAGCAGCGCUCCACAGUCACCAGCCAAAAUUAGCGGCCAGUCGAAGAUCUCAGCGGUCAGUAAGCUUCUGAUGACCAGCAGCCCCAAGUCCAGGAGUCUGUCUGCAUCCAGCACCAAGACUCUGAGCUUCUCCACCAAGUCUUUAAGCCAGGUUUCCAGCCAAGCUUCCAGCCGCAGCUCCAGCCUUCCUCCUAAUGGAAAGCCCCAGAGCUCAGUCCAGGGCCCUCCUCCUCCGCAGCAGGGACCCUCCCCUGUAUCCUGGUCUACACAGUCUUUGAGUCGAAGUCGAGGGGGAAGCCUGGCAGCCAAGCUGCCUCUCCGGGCUGUCAACGGUCGAAUCUCCGAGCUCCUCCAGGGAAGCGCAGGCUCCCGUUCCAGGAGUCAUGCCCAGGGAGGGGGCACAGAUCCAGUAGAGGAGAGAGGAGUUGGAGGAGCAAGUGGAGGGGCAGCUGGAGCAGGAAGUGGGGCUGGAGGUGGAGGUGGAGGUGGAAAUGGAGCUGGCCAGGGAGAAGAGAAGACAGCAGUGGUCCAAACUCUACCCUCCCCCUACAGCAAGAUCACAGCUCCCAGAAAAGCACACCGCUGCAGCAGCGGCCAUGCGAGCGACAACAGCAGCGUACUAAGUGGCGAGCUCCCCCCGGCUAUGGGGAAGACAGCAUUGUUUUACCACAGUGGAGGUAGCAGUGGCUACGAGAGCAUGCUGAGAGACAGCAGCGAGAACACAGGAAGUACGUCCUCUGCUCAGGACUCCCUCAGUGAACACAGCUCAGCCACCACCUCCUCCAGACGGAGCUCCAAGAGCAGCAAGAAGAGCAGAAGCAACACAGGCCUCCAGCGUCGUCGUCUGAUCCCUGCUCUGACCUUGGACUCUUCCUCCUCCUCACCCUCUCACCGCUCCUCCAAACAGGCCGUCACCUCCUCUUCUUCAUCCUCCUCCAGCCCAGGUGCAUGCUGGGUAGAUGGCCCACUGGGGCCCCCAACUCCCUCGAACCUCCGGGGUGCGACUGCAACGACGGAAACCUUCGAGAUCAAGGUGUACGAGAUAGAUGACGUCGAGCGACUGCAGAAGAGGAGAGACAAAGGAGGGAGCAAGGAGGUGGUGUACGUCAGCGCCAAGCUCCGUCUGUUGGAAAACCGUCAGCAGAGAAUCAUCGAAGUCAGAGCCAAGUACCAGGGUCUGAAGAAGGAGCUGGAACAAACCAAACAGCACCUGAUGCUGGAGCCGCACAAAUGGACCACUGAAUUUGAGCUCCAGCAGGCCUACGAAGUGGACUCACUGGAGUAUUUGGAAGCUCUGGAGACGGUGACGGACAAACUGGAGACCAGAGUCAACUUCUGCAAAGCCCACCUCAUGAUGAUCACCUGCUUCGACGUGUCCUCCAGACAUCGGUAGACAGAUGGAGGGAUGGAGAGCUGGAGGACGGAGAGAGGCAGACACACAUCUGGACUCAAUUAGAAAUCAACAUUUGGACCCCUUUGCCCACCGAUUAAUCAAACACCUUUAGAAAAUAUCUCCUGAACAAAGAUGGACUGGAUAGAUGGAAGGAGGGAUACAGGGAUGGGUUGACCACUUUGACCCUGCAUGUCAUCCUCAUGUCUCCUCCAGAUGUAAGUAGGCAGAAGGACAGAUGGACGGAGAGAUGGAGGGAUAAAAGAAAUGGAGAUAUAUAGAGAUAUUUAACAGGCCAACAGAUUUUCUUUUGCUCGGGGCUUGGAAAACAACCUCAGAACUCAGACUUUGAACGGCAUCUAUUGAACGGGCAGAAGGCUCCGAGUCUGAAAAGAAACAUCAAACACAACCAAGAGAAGGGAACAAUUAGACUGCAGAGAAACGUCUUAAACUGAGUCGAACAUUUAGGAAUGUAUGGAGAGGAGAGGAGUCAAGAGAGGGGAAAAGAACCUGCCAUUUUUUAAACAAAUGAAAAACAAAUUUCUCAUCUCCCAUCAUUUUAGAAGAGCACUUUUUAGAGUUGAGAGCCAUUAGAGUGCUGACUGCAGCGUGGCCUGGGAUUGCUGUGGAGUCGAUGAAAGAGACUGACCAAGAGAAAGACAGGAGGACAAAGAAAAAUGAUUUAGAUAAGUGCCUUGUGAACAUUUCAACAAUACCAAUUCUAUUUCUCUCUGAAUUUGUGUACUUGCAGUAAGUAUGGUGCUAGCGUAGAAAAAAAGACCACAGAAGAUCAGUGUCCUUGGAAAAUCUUUGAAUUUACAACCAUUUCUGAACGUGAUGUUGUUCUGCGGGUCAAUGUUUCCCCGUAUAACGCUGUACGUUUGAAUGGUCUUUGGUGAGACAUGACACUAAAUUUAAACUUGGAUCCCUAACUAAAGAAGACCUACAGAGCAUGGAGACAAACAAGUCUUCUUUAAAAACUAAAACGUUACAAGGACCAAAAGAAAACAUUAGAAGAUGAUUUUUCAAGGACACAUGUGUAAUGUGUGUUUAAACAAAGAGAAAAAGAGUUUCUUGUGCGGUUGUUUUUGACUUUACCCACAAACACAGCACAUCUGAAUUUUGACCCUCUGGGGCUUACAUACAGCAUGUUUCCCCUCAGACAGAUGUGAUGGCUUUUUCAUGUUCACAAAGCAAUGAAACGUCUGAGUCACACAGGAGAGGAAAUGAAAAUGUUUCCUCUCUGAUCCAGUGUUAAGUACAUCCAUCGAUUGACUUGACCGUCAGACUGACUGACACGCAGACCGUCUGUUAUUUGUAUCCGUGUUGUUCUGCUCUAUUCUAGAAGAAACUGAAUGAUUCGUCAAUGUGUGUGUUUUAUAUUAAGGUAUCCUUUUUUUAUUUGAGUGCAAUGGGACCACGUAGAGACUAUGUAUGAUAGCAAGAGAAUGGAAAUAGGUAGAUAGAGUAAAUUGUGAGGAAGGUACAGGAUAAGCCUUUUUAUAAACAGUGUUAAAAUGUCCUUUUUAAGGCCUGUGUUAUUGGAACAAAGUUGUGAGUUUAAACUGGAAAUACUUACUUGGGACUACGAUUAUAGUCACAAAUGGGCUCUUUAAAUAGUUCAAAAGAACAAUUAAAAGAUAUAUAUAUAUAUAAAAGGACUGAAAGAGAAGUAAAGAAAGAAAAGGAUGAUGACCAAAUUAAGAGGCAUAGAUCUCUGCCUGGUUCCAUUUGUUUUGGACGGUUAGCGACACUUAAGAUUUGUUAAUAUUAUUAUCUAUGGUGCUUGAGAUGUUUAUGAUCUAAAUGUUUGUACAAAUAUAAAUAUAUGAAAGAGCCCGUUUUCCCUCUGAAAUACAGAACAAUAUCCUUCGAAUGCUUCUUCUACAUCGCUGCCAUCACGUCUGUUUUUCGCGACCCCUCUCCCUCCGAAUGCCUUUUGCCCAGCAGGCAGAGAGCAUUCUGGGAGAUCCCGUUUUGUUGUCCGAGAGGUAAAAAGAGGAACAGGCACCGACUGUAAUGAUAUUUGUCAAACGCGUCGUAGUGCUAAAUGUAUCUUUAUCCUAAGAGAACUCAGUUGUGAUCUUUUCCAGUGGACUGAGAGAGAAACAGGAAAUGACUUGUAAGGUUUUGAUCUUCUCACGGCGGUCAAUAAUGUCAUUCAUGUCAUGUGGUGGACGACUGCUGUGACAACCACGAGAUAAUCUAGCGGGAAAUGACCCCAGAAACUGAGUUGCUUUAGACAGACUGGACCUAAGAAGCGUUUUCAGAUGACCUGCGACCUCUCUGAACGCUUCCUGUUUUAAUCUCCCAGAUCACCCGGCCAGUCAUGAAUGAAGGUUUAUUUAUUUGAGUCGCUUACUUAAUGUUCUUAUUUAUUUACACCUUAUGAUCUUAAAAGUUACUAUGCAUUUAAGAAAAAAAUAACUGUACAUACUUUGCUGAGCCCAUGUCAUAUAUAAAUAUAAAUACUGUACACAUAUCAUAUAUACGCUCAUUUUUAUUUUAUAUAUUUUCCGUUGAUUUUGUUUGCUCCUGUUGUUCCUGUUGGAGAUUUUAAUGGGUUUUGGGUUUCCUAAAACAUUCACAUGCAGGGUAUGUGGUUUCAGACCAAAAUGAAGGUACAUCUUUUACAUGUGAAGAAGAAAACAGUAUUCGACAGUAUUAUCUACAGCCUUGUGUCAUUAGCAGUGGAUGUUUUGGGAACCCCAACCUCUGGUUUAGUUAAAUGGC